UCUGCAAACAGUUCACACGGCAAAGCACACACUGUUCCCUAUAAUGAUGCUACCCGAUUCUAUAGAUCAAGUUCUACUAUAACUCUAGCACUCGCAUAUUUUCUCCUCCCCCGCCAUCUGGGAACGCGAAGAUGGCCCCGGGGCCCAGGCGCAAAAAUAAUACAAUAUAAGAGCGGCAUGCCGGACAGAUAAGUGGAGCACUAAGCCCCCAGAUUAUUUACGGUGCAACGUCAAGUUCAGAUAAGGGGCGCCGCCGGCGGGAGCUAUAUUUAAGUACAAUCCAGGCCAGGGCCCGCAAGUUUGCCACCAGCAUCCGUCAAAUGUGAACUGGUUAGACCGGACAAGACACCCACCAGAGCUCAAGAGUCAGAAUCUACAAGAUCCGCAUAACUACUGACAGGAUGUCCAUUAGUACCACCACUAUGGCCAGUGUCGCUUCCGGAGCUUCGCAGGAUCUGCGGUUCGGAAUCACGGACUACGUCGUCUUUGUCAUCAUGCUGGGUGCCUCGGCAGGUAUCGGAGUAUACUUCGGAUUCUUCUCAAAGACCAAGAACACCACGGAAGAGUAUCUGCGCGGCGGGAAGAAGAUGCAGACCCUGCCCAUAGCCAUAUCUCUGGUGGCCAGUCAGUUGUCCGGCAUUGCUAUUAUGUCGAUUCCCGCUGAAAGCUACACCUAUGGAUUUAACUACAUAUUCGUUGUCCUGGCCAUGAUUGUCGUUAUUCCUAUUUUAAUUUACAUUAUUGUGCCUGUCUUUUACGAAAACAAUGUUUCCAAUUGCUAUGAGUAUCUGGAGAUGAGAUUCAAUAAGCGGACCCGGCAGCUGGUAACCGCCACCUUUGUGAUGAACUCGUUCCUGAUGUUACCCGUCUAUAUGUUUAUUCCCUCUCUGGCUUUUGCCCAGGUUACCGGCAUGAAUAUUCAUUUGAUCAACGUAAUGGUCUCCUCCAUUUGCAUUUUCUACACGAUGCUGGGUGGAAUCAAGGCGGUGGUUUGGACCGAUGUGGUUCAGGGUGGCAUUAUGCUCCUUUCCGUGGUCGCUGUGGGAGUUUUGGGCACAAUCCGAUCGGGAGGCGUCUCCACAGUUAUAGAGCACGCCUCUGAAGGCGGGCGUUUCAACUUCGACUUUGGUCUGGACCCUCGUAUCCGCAUGUCUUUCUGGAGUGCCACCAUGGGUGGAAUCUUCAUGUGGACAGGUCAUAUUGGCUUGAACCAGAGCUGUGUGCAGCGCAUCGUCUCCCUGCCAUCCUACUUCCAUGCUAAAAAAUCCCUGAUCAUCGCUGGACUCGGCUUCCUGAUCAUAUGUUUUUUCAACACUGUUUCGGGCAUUAUUAUGUUUGCCCGCUACUACGGAUGCGAUCCACUGCUAGCUGGUCUGGUCAGCAAGCCGGACAAAAUGAUGCCGUUCUUUGUGCAGGACAUCAUGGGCCACCUGGCGGGGAUGCCUGGCGUGUUCAUCUCCUGUGUGUUCAGUGCCGCCCUCAGCUCGCUUUCGGCCACGUUGAACUCCCUGGCCGGAGUGGUUUACUUUGACUACAUAAAACCCCGCAUUCGGCACACGGAGGCCCGCGCCAACUGGUCCAUGAAGCUGAUCGUGGUGGUGAUGGGUGCCUACUGCAUCCUGGGCGGCUUUAUGGUGCAGAACUUCAACUCGAUCCUGCAAACAGUGGUCACCAUUACGGGCAUCAACACGGGUGCAGUGGUGGGUGUGUUCCUCCUGGGAAUGUUUGUGCCCCGCUGCAACGCCAAAACGGCCGUCACCAGCAUUAUCUUCAGCGUGGUAGCCAUGGUCUGGGUCAUUGCCAAUGGCCAGAUGAACUUCAAGUCCGGACUGAUCAAGUACGACGUGCUGCCCAAUUCGCUGGAUCAGUGUGAGGCCAGGGGUCUGCACAUGAUUGCGGAUGUGAUCAACAAGACUGACUUCACUCCCGUCACGGCGAAGCCUCCUUCUGGCGAUCCCGUGACCACUGCCUUCCACAGUGAUCGUGACUUCUCUCUCUACGACAUCUCGUUCUACUGGUACAAGGUUUUGGGUACCGCUUUGAUCUUCCUCUGGGCAGUGCCCAUGAGUUACAUUUGGCGACCCGAUAAGAACGAAAAACAGAAUCCCAAGUUGUACUCGCCCUUCGUGAGGAAGUUCCUCACUCUCCCUGAACCGGAUCAGGAACUCGAGGAGGUGCCACUGCGAGGAGCCAAUAACGGUGAGAUUCCCCACGUCCGAAUAGACCCUGGCGAAAAGGAUAAGGAAGCUGGUAUCGAACACUGAUGUGAUUUAGGUAUUUUAGUUAUUUAUAGACUGAAAUAUUACCAAGUAAACUAAAUAAAACAAAAUUAAACGUAA